AUGGGUACGCACGACUGCCUCUGGCUUCUGCGGCGAGUGAUCAACAGGAAAUCCCGGAAACUCAUGCCUGACUAUGUCCUGGCCAUUGACAUGCGAAAGGCCUUUGACAACGUUCGGCAGGAAGUCAUCCUUCAUGAACUGGCUCAGAGAUAUCCCAGCCAACGAGCCUACAACUGGAUUCGUUCUUUUCUUCACAGUAGACCCAUACGCCUUCACGGAGCCGCACCGGGGUGGACGCCAUGCACAUUCUACCUUGACAGAGGCGUGCCCCAGGGCUCUAUACUCGGGCCAAUGCUUUUCAAUCUCGCCAUGGCAAGGGUAGCGGAUGCCUUGGAACGAGACACCACGGCACGAUUUACUAUUUAUGCAGAUGACAUUACAAUAUGGACUGAAGCUAGCGACCACCUAGAUGAACAACAAAUGCAAACUGAACUACAAGCAGCAGUCCUAAGUCUAGAGAAAACCCUAGAUGAACUGGGGCUGCAACUAUCGCCCGAGAAGACCGAACUCAUCAGCAUAGACGGAAAGCGCGUCACCAACCCGCGGAAGCAAAUCACCCUUGUGCUCGGCUCGGCACCAAUAACCUCAACAAAUGGACAUAUUCGCAUCCUUGGCGCCCAGAUCGCUAGCUGUAAUAGCACACACAAGUGGAUUCAAACAUUACGUAAGAACUGGACACCCCUCCUUCACGCUGUCCGCCGCAUAUCCAACAAGUAUGGCGGGGCGCGACAAAGCUCAACCGCAACCCUUGCGCGUGCGGUUGCAGUAGGCAGAGUCCUCUAUGGGGCGCCGGUAUACGAACUCUCUCCGAAAGACCUACGCGACCUAGAACAAUUACACGGAGCCACCCUGCGUACAGUAACGGGGCUGCCCAAACACACUAGGAUGACCCUCCUCCAUCAGUUGGCACCAAUACCUCCGAUCCAGACCAUCAUUACCGAAGCCUGUAUCCGAAUGCAGUCCCGCUUGGACAACUCCUACCAGGGAAAGCUGACAACCCUAUGGGACCAAAGGCGACGGUGCGAUACAAUGCCGGACGUCAGUGGGAUCAUUUCACGCUGGGAAACUGCCCCGCAUGGAAGCUUCACCAACCGCCCUAUGCUCAGAUUGGCCGCAGAGGCUAGGCGCAGCCGAAGCUGCCGGCACGCUAGCAGUGCAGACAUUGUCAACGUCUAUACGGACGCAACGGCAAGAAACGACAGAGUCAGCAUGGCCUGGAUCUGCGAUACCGACCCUCGCAUACAAGGACAGCACUCAUGUGCUCUCCCACAGGGCACCGCACUCCAUGCGGAACUCCUCGCCAUUUGGGGAGCACUGGAGGAUGUACAGAACACAGCCUUCACUGACAGAGACGCGACCCUCCGACAGCAAUAUCGCAUCUUAACCGACUCCUUCGCAGCGGUGCAGGAACUAUCCUCCUCCACCACGGAAGACGCCACAGCGAAUCAAAUUAGAAAAAGACUGCAGAUGCUUCAAGAAUUUGGAAUUAAGGUAACCAUACUCUGGACCCCAGGACAUACAGCGAAUGACGGGGGUAAUGCUGCGGCGCAUGCAGCAGCCGUACAGGCACGCGGGACGGACCACACUUACGCCACCCCGCACCCCGACAAUCCCACACUCCAGACACCUUAUCACCUGGAUCCGACCGAAACACCCUUGAACAGGCAUAUAGCGUACAUGCACUUCAUUCGCACCUCCAUUAAGACCGCUAGCAAACAGCGUAUCAUGGAGGCUACACCCCAGACGCCUGUCAUCAAAGGACUCUCUAGGCAGCAAGAAGUUUUUAUAAACAAAGUCAUCGCGAACGCGGCCUACACACCACACAUAAUCAGUAAGUGGCAGCCGCCACCUGUGUCAGCCGCACCACCAAGAUGCAGCCACUGUCUCCAACAGUGCCGCGCAGAUUUGUGGCAUCUUAUAAAGUACUGUCCUGCCUUCGCACGGGGCCGAGACCGCAUCGACGACCUACAAGUGACCUCUCUUGCAGCCCUUACUGCUAUUAUACAAACAGACGAUGAUGCCCAAAAGGCGGUCGCAGAUCAUGGAAAAAUCAGUGGCUUAUACCGAGCGGUGUAG